AUGACCAUUAUUUUUAUUCCUCUUCAUCCUCAGGAGCAACAUCCUGUCCAGUUCACGGACUACGAGAGACAAAAGAACAGCAAGAGACGAAAAAAGAAAGGGGACGUCGACGGUGCGCAAAGGAGUGCUGACUCGAACCAGGGUCCCCAUGGCAGCAAACAAGCGAGCCUGUGCCAGAUUGUGGAAAAUGCGUGCGACAAGAAGAUAACACAAGAAGCAUUUGACAAAGCUGUUACAGAACUGAUAGUCACUGACAUGAUGCCAACUGCAACAGUUGAGAGAACAGGAUUUGAGAACUUCUGCAGAACAGUGGCUCCUAGGUUGUCAAUUCCAAGUCGAAGAACAGUGGUGCGGCGCAUAACAGCAAUGUUCUAUGAAAAGAAAACGGAGAUAAUUGAGGAAAUCUCAAACGCACUGUGGGUGUCUUCAACAGCCGAUGUAUGGAGCUCUCAUCAUCGGGCAUAUAUGGGAGUAACAGUUCACUAUGUUGAUGCAGCUUCCCUCGAGAGAAAGGGUUUCGUGAUAGCAUGCCGACGAUUUAAGUAUGAGCACACUGCUGAAAGGAUUGCUGAAAUGCUUAUCGACAUCUACAAUGAAUUCAGUAUCAUGGAAAAGGUCAAGGACUGCGUCACUGACAACGCAGCAAAUUUUGCAAAGGCAUUUCGUAUGUUCAGCAGAGACUCUGCAACUUCUGAAGCCACUGUUGAGGAAAGUGACGAGGAUGAAGAAGAUAUCACCGACAUGUCUGAAUCAGUGGAAUGCGAAGAAAUUUUUGGAUUGCUGAACAGUGUUACUGACGACGAUGCUGGUUUGACUUCACUGCUUCCUCCGCAAAAGAGGUGUGCAAAUCAUUUACUCAACUUAGUCGCCUCGGUGGAUGCUCCCAAAGCAAGGUCAAAUCCGGCGUACAAGAGCGCACAUGACAGAGCGAUGGGAAAAGUGCAGGCCUUGUCAAAUGCGGUACAUCGGAGCACAAAGAUGUCCGAUAUUGUCCACAGGGUAACAGGAACAACAUUCAUCAACCCCACAUCUACAAGGUGGUCUUCGGAUUUUGAAGCUGUGAAACGCGUGCUGGACAUUGGGAUCGACAAAGUUAAACAGUGCAGCUCAGAAAUGAAACUGAAAGGUGAUUCAAUGACCGAGUCCGAUUUCUGUUUUCUCGAAGCGUACGUAAAGGUGAUGGCUCCAGUGGCUGCUGCAAUGAAAUUGCUUCAAGGGGAAAAGGACUGCUUCCUGGGGCAUGUGAUCCCAAUGGUCCUCGGAAUCAAAACCAAGCUAAGUGCCAUCUGUAAAGUAAAGUACAAAAUCGUUGUUCCCCUCAUAAAUGUUCUGCAAGUGAGUCUCGAUGAGAGAUUCCGAGACAUCCUGCAAAGUGAUGAAUACAAAAUUGCUACCGUGUUGGUACCAAGGUUCAAGAUGUCGUGCAUUUCGCAGUCUGGCGAACUUACUACAAAGGAAAAGGUCAUUGCAGCAAUCGAAGAGGUCCUCCGGAAGAGUGAACAAAUGAAUGACAAUGAGGGCAUGGACCUUGGAUUGGACACAGUGAGUCAGAGCUCAACAUUGGACAGCCAGGACGAUGACAAUUUGUUCAGUUUUGUGGACAACACAUGCAUGCAAGAUAUGCGUGUUGGAUCAACCACGCAUGACAAGAUUGUGUCAGAGUUUGAGUCGUACCUCUUGGACAAGCGAACAGAUACGAAAAUUUUGCACACCUACCCUUGUUUGAAAGCAUGUUUUGUCAAGUUUAACGCUUCACUGCCCAGUAGUGCAGUUGUUGAAAGGUUGUUUAGCUUAGCUGGCCAGAUAUUGACACCGAGAAGGUGCAGAAUUUCGGACACACUGUUCGAAAAGAUGGUGGUGCUGAGAUCACUGGCUUCGUCCGCUAAGAAUCUGAUUCAAGCGUAA